AUGCCUUCCAUAGAUACUGUGACCAUUGCCUAUGCAAUAUGUAUCGUAAGCCUGCCUGUCGGCCUCACUGUUAUUAAUCUUCUGGCAAGAACAAGCGGACUAAGGCGGCGGCUAGCCUACCAAGCCGAAAAACAGUUAGUUUAUCGUCUACUCGUACAUCGGCACUCGCUUUUCGGCCCUUGGAAUGCGAUCUCACUACUCAGGCCCGCGAUCUUGAUUAGCAUCAACGUUUUUUGUCUAACUUUCCAUCAGCCGCCGCUACUCGCACGCUCUGGCCUGUUAACCCUGUUUAACCUUUUGCCUCUGUUUAUUGGGCCAUACUUGGAAUUUGUUGCUGACGUAUUGGGACUCUCGUUUUCAACUUUUGUCUCCUGGCACCGCUGGCAGGGGCGUAUGACAUGCGCCAUGCUGAUCGUCCACGCACUCAGUGCGGUAGCAGACCAAAAGCCGGUUAGCCUUGACAGUACCAAGGGCAUUUUCAUCUAUAUAGUGGGAUCACUAUCAGUACUCGCUUCGGCCUACUGUUUUAUACCGUUUCUUCGCCGCCGUAUAUACGAGAUCUGCCUUCGACUGCACCAAGCACUGGCAGCCCUCGUCGUCGUUGGCGUCUGGCUGCACCUGCUGACGAUGCCCAACUGGCCCUGGCUCUGGAUAUACGUUUUUCUGCUUGUCAUAGCACUCCUGUUACUGGUUCAGGUAUGCUUAACAACAUACCGCAAUAAAAAGCUAGGAAGGACGCUAUCUCGUGCCUAUAUUCGACAUGUCACCGGCACAAUUUUGAUCUCUGUCAAACUUUCCAGGCCCGUCAGCGUCGAGGCUGGACAGUACGUCACUUUGUGGAUCCCCCGAGUCGGCCUCUUGCAGACUCAUCCGUUUGUUGUGAGCUCAUGGACAGAGUCGCCACAAGAGAUCCUGGAACUGUUUAUCAAGCGACGCCGGGGAUUGACGUCUAGCCUACUGCGCUACUCGGAGGAAAGACCAACCCCCCACGUCGCUCUCGUUAGCGGACCACAUGGCGUCAGCGUUCCGGUGUGGGAUUAUGAGGCGGUCUUCAUGGUAGCAACCGACUAUGGCAUUGCCGCACAAGCUCCUUAUCUGAGGAAAUUGGUUCAUGGCUACAAUAACUGCAAAGGCCGCACACGCCAAAUCCAUCUUAUCUGGCAGGUGUCGAGCCUCGGCAUCGUUCAUGCGGCCGAGUCGUUUCUCAAUCCCAUUCUUGACGACGAUACACUAGACCAGGGCAAUAUUCUGGACAUCUCCAUUUAUUACGACAUGCAGCAAGGAGGAAUGACGAUAGAAGACCUUGAAGCAGUUGCGCCUGUUUGUCUCGGGGAUGCGUCGCUUGCGGAGAAGCCGAUGAUGUACACGAUGGCUGCACCAACAGUGGAAAAGCUCCUAGCGAAGUAUUACUCAGCUGCUGCCGAAGGCAGCCAGGCGAUGGAGAGGCCGACAAGGGUUAAGAACUUUGGUGAUAGGGCACGGCUUUUCAUAGGAAGCCCAGACCUUUCGGAGAGCCUGUACAAGGCAUCUCGUAUGUUGAGUGACACUGUGAGUGAGUCGUCGACCAGAGAAGGCGACAUGCUGCUAUUAGGUAGGCAGAAAGAUUUUCUUCCACGGUCUCUAUAUACUAAUUUGUAUUCUAGUUUCCGCUUCCGCCAAUGUUAG